GGCCGCCGUAGAGUCCCCGUUGCCAUGGCUCCCGAAUUCCAACAGGGAUGCGCUGAGGAGGGGAGGUGAAGGGUGAGAAGCGUCCUUCGGGGUCCGGGUCCGGCUUGCGGGGCCAGAGAACUGGAGAGGCGCCAUGGGCUGGAUCACAGAAGAUCUUAUUAGACGGAAUGCUGAACACAAUGACUGUGUCAUUUUUUCCCUGGAGGAACUCUCCUUGCAUCAGCAAGAAAUAGAAAGACUAGAACACAUUGAUAAAUGGUGCCGUGAUUUAAAAAUUCUCUAUCUUCAAAAUAAUCUUAUUGGAAAAAUUGAAAAUGUUAGCAAACUCAAGAAACUUGAAUAUUUGAAUUUAGCUUUAAACAACAUUGAAAAAAUAGAAAACUUGGAAGGAUGCGAAGAGCUGGCAAAACUUGACUUGACUGUAAAUUUCAUUGGAGAGCUGAGCAGCAUUAAAACCUUGAAGCACAAUAUCCAUCUGAAGGAGCUCUUUCUCAUGGGGAACCCAUGUGCUUCCUUUGACCACUAUAGAGAGUUCGUGGUAGCAACUCUUCCACAAUUAAAGUGGUUGGAUGGUAAAGAAAUAGAGCCUUCAGAAAGGAUUAAGGCAUUGCAGGAGUAUUCAGUAAUUGAACCACAAAUCAGAGAGCAGGAAAAAGAUCACUGUCUUAAACGAGCCAAACUCAAGGAAGAGGCUCAGAGGAAACACCAAGAAGAGGAUAAAAAGGAAGACAAGAGAAGUAACGCAGGCUUUGACGGACGUUGGUACACAGACGUCAAUGCUACUCCUUCCUCUUUAGAGAGCAAAGACCACCUACAGGCACCAGACACAGAGGAACACAACACGAAGAAAUUAGACAACAGUGAAGAUGACUUGGAAUUCUGGAAUAAGCCCUGCUUGUUCACUCCUGAAUCGAGAUUGGAAACUCUUAGACACAUGGAAAAACAACGGAAAAAUCAGGAAAAAUUAAGUGAAAAAAAGAAGAAAGUGAAACCACCCAGGACUUUGAUCACUGAAGAUGGGAAAGCCCUAAAUGUAAAUGAGCCCAAAAUUGACUUCUCUUUGAAAGACAAUGAAAAGCAGAUCAUCCUGGACCUUGCUGUCUAUAGGUAUAUGGAUACCUCUUUAAUCAAUGUUGAUGUGCAACCAACUUACGUGCGAGUAAUGAUCAAGGGAAAGCCAUUUCAGCUUGUCCUUCCUGCAGAAGUGAAACCCGAUAGUAGUUCUGCUAAAAGAUCUCAGACAACAGGUCAUUUGGUCAUCUGCAUGCCCAAGGUAGGAGAAGUAAUCACAGGUGGUCAACGAGCGUUCACAUCUGUGAAAACUACCUCGGACAGGAGCAGUGAACACAUAAAUACAAGAAGCAAGCACAUGGAGAAACUAGAAGUAGACCCUAGCAAGCACUCAUUCCCUGAUGUGGCUAACAUAGUUCAAGAGAAAAAACACACACCCAGAAGACGACCUGAACCCAAAAUUAUACCAAGCGAGGAAGACCCAACCUUUGAAGAAAACCCUGAAGUGCCUCCGCUGAUUUGAAAUAUCUGGCUGCGUUGCCACUGCCUGAGACCCACCAGAUCCUGGUGGGUGAGCUUGAAGCCAGCCUUCGUCAGCAGGCCUGCAGUAAGAAAGAUGGGAUGGACACACAGCAGUGGAGAUCCAGGGUCAGCUGCAGCAGGCUGACCCUCUGCAUCUCUCCAUCACUGCAACUGAUGGAGAUGACUGAGUGUAACACCUUUCUUCGUGGUCAACUCUACCCAGGAACCACAUAGGGAAGGAAAUUCUGGAAAAUGGUUCCCAGCCUUAGCCAA